UUGUUGUAAACUCGCAAGAUGCAGAUGAUGCAUUUGCGCAUGACUCCAAUCGUUGGAGCAUGCAAAGGAUCGACUCCUACAUAAUAUUGUCGCCAGGACAACGCGAAGCGUUGUUAAGUCGAUGAGGUCCACGUGGCACCUUAGGCACCUCUACACCAUGUCCGACCCGCUAGCACCUACCGUGGAAGACAAGUUGAACGAUCUGAAUAAGAAAAUUGCAGAGAUCAAAAAGAAGAUUCAGCUAUCAGAGGGUCAAAGAAAAGCGAAUUUCGAAGAGUACGAAGCUACGAGACAUGAACAAGCGGAGAAAAUCGCAGCUCUCAAGCAAAGCGUCAAGGAGUUGUACAUGGAAUACGCGAAAACGAAAAACAACGAGGGAAAACCUGAGAACAGAAUUCACAUGAGUCGCGAGUCCUCGGCUUCUGGGAAAAGACGUAAUUUAAGCGAGACAAUUGCUAAAGCGCAGGAGGACAAUGUACGCUUAAGAAAGAAGCACGAUCUAAUUAAGUAUCAGCGCGAGAAGCGACAGCAGAAAUUAAGAUCGCUGCUGGAAGAAUAUAGCCAAUUAGUGAAUAAUAAAGCGCAGAAAGUGUUCAAGAAGAAGAUGGAAAUCCCGAUGAGAAAUAAAAUCGUGAAGCUAGAGGUACGCCUGGAACACAUCAGAAUGAUGCAAAUCAAAGCAAACUUAACACGGAUGAAGUAUCGAUCCACGCGUGCGGAUUUGAAAGAAAAGUCUGUGCUUUACGCGUCUUCCUUGAAGAGCCUGGAGGAUGAAAUAAGGGAGCAAGAGAACGAAGUAAAACGUCUCCAGGCAAGGCACGAAGUUUAUCGUCAAACUUUACUUUUAAACGUGUCUAGUGGAACAGAGCAAAAAUAA